CUGCAGCAGUCUUCCAAAUUUCCAAAUUGGUCGGUCUUUCUGUUAGGCUUGGCUUUCCAGCUCAUAAGCUUUCCUUCUUUUUGUUCUUUCUAAAUAUAUUCUACACUUUGCUCUCUCAUUACUCAUUACAUUUCUUCCUAGCUUAGCUUCUCUCCUUCCACAAUGUCCAUGGAGGUGAAACCCUGAAAGAGGUGGGGGGUGUCUAGGUAAUUUCAGGAUCUAUAGACAGAUUGCUUUCUUUCAGCUCCAGCCCCAGCUCCAGUUCAUUAUAAGAAGGGGAGUCCACCAUCAUAAGCCUGCAGCCUCAUACAGGGGAAAUCCAAAUUUCUGGAUAAACUUAUUUCUUCACAAGUUUGCAAGGUUUCACUUAUUUCUCAGAAUUGGUAUUCCAUUCCAUUUUAACUUAUAUUCUACGAAUGAAUACCAAACAAAAGUGUUCUUUCUUUGAUUCUGUUGUUUGAUUUGCAAAAAUGGAUCCCUUUUAUUGGUAAAGAUAGAUACUUUCUUUAUGGUUUUCUGAUGAAUGUGGAUGUCAACUCAAUUCACAUUUUGGUAUUGAAAUCCUGUUGUUGGGUACUUGUUCUUGUAAAAUGGGCCAAUAGUAGUAAUGCUAUGUUAUUAAUGAUCAAUCAGAAAACCAGGCACAAUUUUGAUGAGGUUUAUGUUUUGCAAGAUUCAUUGUCCUCCCUUUAUUUGCUUUUGUAAGCCUUCCCCUCAUAUAUACACUCCUGGACCACUCAAGCUAGAGAAUACCCCACCUCCAAACCCACAUGUUCCUUCUUCAAAACCUGACGCCUCUGAUCAGUUACCUAAUGACCCUAUUGAGAUCAAGGAAGAGAGCUUAGCUGAGAAUCCAAAACCAGCUGAGAAUUCUCUGAAAAGUAAUCUCAGAAAGCCGGAUUCUUCAGACCCUGCUGCUCCAAAAGACGAGAUGAAGAAGAGAGUGCAGUGGAUGGACUUUGUAGGGAAGGACCUUGUUGAGAUCAGGGAAUUUGAAUGCAGUGAAUUAGAUGACACUGACAACGAAUACGAGAACAGAAGAGGCUGCAUUUGUGUUAUUCUAUGACCAUUCUUCUGCAAAUUCCUGAAGCAAUAAAGCAAUGACAAGAGCAAGAAAUAAAUAUAUGUCUGAAAUUUGAGCAGAGCUGCUUAUGGAGAAUUGAAAUUCCAGUCCAUUUCGCCACUCUGCCAUCUCUCACUUGAUAACUCAAUAGAGUAGCUAGUUAUGUUCUUUAUAUAAUAAUGUUAGCCAGUUUGUUUCUGUUACACGACAACAUUGUCUUUGUUUAGUCAUGAAACUUCAAACAAUUUCUGAAACUUUCUCAA